AAGCCAUCUUUGACGAGACAUCAACGCGAGAAAUGCGGCAGAGGACCGCGAUUCGCGUGUCCCGUUUGUAAUCUCAAGAUUCGUCACAGUGAUCAAUUGAAGAUGCAUCUGACUAACGCUCACAAUUGGACGUCAAUGGAUGACGAAGUUUUUACGAUGCCAGUGCAACCUUAAGAAGCACGUCUGCGACACUUGCGGGAAAAGGUACAAAUGGAAAGAGUCUUUGCAGCAGCACCGUCGAUUGGAAUGCGGAAUCGAGCCGCAGUUCGGCUGCGUCUUCUGCGGUAGAAGAUUCAAGCACAAGCAUCAUUUGAAAGAGCAUACGAAGAGACGUCACUACAAAUGCGACCAAUUGAAUUGGUUCAAUAAUCAAUAAACCAUUCUUAUUUUCUUUUUGUUCCCUUUUCCUUUUUUAUUUCUUGACGCAGGCACGGAAGCGAUUUAUCAAUGUCGACUGAAUAUUUUUCAUUUCUAUUCAUCGUUUCCAAUACUAGCAUUAUGUUUUCAUUCGUUUCAUAUGAAAUAUAUCGGCAUUGUUCAUGAAGUAUUACUAGUAAGAAACUAGUAGGCGACUUCCUAAUAUUACACUUUUGUACGUUCCUGUAACGUAUCGAACGAUACGAUUAUACGAUCCUACUGUAUAUAUUUUCAAGAUUCAAUAAUAAACGAAGCAUUUUCGAAGAAA